UUUUUAAGAGUUUCAGGUGAAGAUUUACCAUUAGAACAUCUUUACGGUGAAACCCACAUUAAAGAAACACUACUAGAUUUAACGUUCAAGGUAUCACCAAAAGCCUUCUUUCAAAUAAACACUCCAGCUGCUGAAGUUUUAUACAAAACUGCCAUAGAAUUAGCAAAACCAACCCAACAAUCAACCGUUGUUGAUAUUUGUUGUGGCACAGGAACAAUCGGGUUAUGUUUCUCAAAGAUUUGUAAUCAAAUAAUUGGUUUGGAAUUAAUCCCCGAAGCGGUUGAAGAUGCGAAAGAGAACGCAAAACUCAACAACAUCGAAAACGUGGAAUUUUUUACGGGAAAAGCCGAGGAUAUUUUAGCUUCCGUUUGUUAUCGAGCCACUAACGAUGAUGUAAUUGGAAUUGUUGACCCUCCAAGAGCCGGAUUACAUCAACGAGCUGUAACCCAACUACGCAAGGUCCGUAAUUUGAAAAAGCUCGUGUUCAUCGCUUGCAAUCCACACGCGGCGAUGAAAAAUUUCAUUGAUUUGGGACGACCAAUAUCGAAAACUCUCCAAGAGGAGUGUUUCGUUCCUAUAAAAGCCGUCGCCGUCGAUAUGUUUCCGUUUACGAAACAUUGCGAGUUGGUGAUUUAUUUCGAACGUUGGGAUAUAAUCGAAAAUGAAAUGAAAUAAGUUAAAUGUACAUAUUACACCCACUUUUUUUCCUUAAAAAAUCUUUAAAGUUCACUCUUUCCUUAUAAGCAGCUCUUAAAAGGUGGUAAUAAAUAUUUUAUUUAAACAUUAAGUAAA